UCAGAAAUGGAAUCUCAUUCUCUGAUAAAAAAGAUCUAAUGGUGGUAAAGAAGGAGCCUCUUCUCUUUGUCAAACGAGCAUGCCAUCCUCAAGUUAACAGGACAGAAUCACUUAGGCUAGCAGAUGAACUCCGUGGGUGGGUACAUCGACAUGAAGUAGUCAGAGUUAAAUUGAGAAAAGGAUCUAAAAUGCUUCAUAGAAUACGAACUGUGACGAAAUCUACUGAUAAGAAGACUGAUGUAGCUCAAUAUGUUAAAGGGGUGUACACAGACAUUGAUAAGAAAAACUCAGGGAGUGAAUUGCAGGUGUAUUAUGCUCCAGAUGAACGUUAUCCAGAUUUUUUUGAAGCUAUUCGUAGGAGAGGAGAUACCUUUUAUUUGAUAUCAUUUAGAAGGGGUUUGAAGGCCCAGUUUGCCCACCGCUCUCAACAGGCAUAUGAAUGUAUGAAACCUGUCUUUUCUUGCUAUUAG